AUGGGUCAGUGGCUAGCGUCCGCAUUCAAGUCGCUCCUGGGGAAGCAGGAGGUGCGCAUCUUGAUGGUGGGUCUUGAUGCUGCUGGUAAGACGACAAUUCUAUACAAGCUCAAGCUCGGCGAGAUCGUCACCACGAUCCCCACGAUUGGGUUUAACGUGGAGACGGUGGAGUACAAGAACCUUAAGUUCACCAUGUGGGAUGUCGGCGGCCAGGAUGUCCUGCGCCCGCUGUGGCGCCACUACUACCAAAAUACAAACGGCAUCAUCUUUGUUGUGGACUCCAACGACAGAGAGCGGAU